UUGCCGGAAACGAGAUGAAAUUUUCAGCACCGGAAGUACUGCGGCAGGGCCAAAUGGCUUAAGCGUCUUAACUAGUUCCCGGAGAGAGGCUGUGAUGGCGAGCUCGACAGCCGCAGCCCCCUUCCUUGCUCCCCCUCUGGAGCAGCUCCGGCACUUAGCAGAGGAGCUGCGGUCGCUUCUGCCUCGUGUACGGGUCGGCGAAGCCCAGGAGACAGCUGAAGAAUUUAAUCGAGAGAUGUUUUGGAGAAGACUCAAUGAGUCAGCGGUGAAAGUGUCCGGGGAAGCCACUGUUCUGACAACGCUCUUCUCUAAACUUCCAUUGCCAUCCCCACAGGAAACCCAGAGGAUCUGUGAGCAAGUCCAUAUGGCCAUUGAGGAACUAAUUGCAGUAUAUUAUUCACUUCCUAAGGAUCAGGGAACCACCUUGAGAAAGCUGGUACGGAAUGCUACCCUGGACAUUGUGGAUGGCAUGGCUCAGCUCCUGGAAGUGCUUCUUACUGUUCCAUCACAGAGCACUGAGAAUGGUGACCUGAUUUCCUGCAAUAGUGUCACAGUUGCAUGCCAACAGGUGCCUGAGAUCCCAAAAGAUAACAAAGCUGCAGCCCUUUUGAUGCUGACAAAGAGUGUGGAUUUUGUGAAAGAUGCACAUGAAGAAAUGGAGCAGGCUGUAGAAGAGUGCGACCCUUACAGCGGCCUUUUGAGUGACUCUGAAGACAGCUCCAACAGCCACAGUGAUGAGGAUGGUGCACUAGGGCUUCCCAGCAAUCGGGACUCAUACUGGUCAGAGGAAGAUCAGGCGCUCAUAACCCCAUGCCUUGCACUGGUGAGAGCAUCCCGAGCUUCCCUCAAGAAAAUCCGGAUCUUGGUGGCUGAGAAUGGGAAGAAGGAUCAGGUCGCCCAGCUGGAUGACAUUGUGGAUAUUUCGGAUGAGAUCAGCCCCAGUGUGGAUGAUUUGGUUCUGAGCAUAUAUCCACCUGUGUGUCACCUCACCGUGCGGAUCAAUUCUGCGAAACUGGUGUCUGUUUUAAUAAAGGCUCUGGAAAUUACAAAAGCAAGUCACGUGAGCCCCCAGCCAGGAGACAGCUGGAUCCCUUUACUCAUCAAUGCCGUUGACCAUUGCAUGAACAGAGUUAAGGAGCUCACUCAGCGUGCCGCUGAAUUAUGACCAUUGCAUGAACAGAGUUAAGGAGCUCACUCAGCGUGCCGCUGAAUUAUGAGCCUCCAGUCCUACUCUUCUUUCUCCUCUCUUGCUCCAGUGUCCGCUUUACUUAUUUAUUCUUAAGGUUUUUCAGUGUCUGCUUUUGGAAGUGGAGCUGUGAUGGGGUGUUUGCUGGAUAGAAGGAAGCUUCUGUUUUUAAGAAGAGAUUGCUAUCAAGAUUCUAGGCUAGGAGAGAUUGCAGUUAUCUAUAAAUCAUAUAAUGUGAUAUGCUUCUGUGCUAGACACAAAUUUGUAUAAACCUGUGCUCUGAGUUUUUUGGAAAUUCUUAAGUUGUCUUGUUCUCUAGCUUACAGUAAAGCAUAUUGUUUUAUUAAGAUUUUGAUGAUCUCAAUAAAAUGCUAACCUAUGUGA